AUGAUCCGCGACAAUGACAUUGCCCCUGGACGAUGCAAGCUGACCACAUGUCAGCACGGUGGCGGCUUGAGUCCGCAACGCAACGACGAGGUGGAAGGACUGUCGCCCCGAAAGGCAAUGGCGGAGGAGACGUGGAUCGCAGAGCAUCCGAGAGCUCACAGGUCCGAGCCUAGCCCGCAGUGGUGCCCAAACCAUUACCCGACCUGCGUUCUCACCAGCCAGCGUGCCGUCAUGGGAGGCCAGGCCCACAUGGACACCAUCGCGGAGUAUCUGAACGAAGUGCGGGAGCUGGCAGAAGCCAAAGAGCAGCUGGCAGGAGCCGAGUCUCAGUGCAUUCUGGCGCAGUGCGCGCCGCAGGGCAGUCCACGACCCAUCCGAAUUUUUAUCGAUGGUGUCUUCGACCUCACCCACUACGGUCACAUGAACGCAUUCCGCCAAGCCAGAGCGCUUGGUGAGUACUUGGUUGUCGGUGUAAACAGCGAUGAGUCUGUGCAGAAGGCCAAGGGAUUUCGACCUGUGCUGACGGACGAUGAGCGCCAGGCAGCCGUUGCCGCCUGCCGUUUCGUCGACGAGAUUGUACCGGCGUCUCCCUACAUCAUGACUGAGGCCUACAUACAGGACCUCGUUGAGAAUCGAGGCAUCGACUACUUCGUCCACGGAGAUGACCCUUGCAUUGUGGAUGGCAGGGAUGUGUACGAAUCAGCCAGAAAAGCGGGCCGAUUUUGCACAAUCCCCCGAACAGAGGGAAUCUCCACGACUGAUAUCGUUGGCCGCCUUCUCCUUCUUACGCAGGACCACCACACCGAGCUUGUCACCGCCGCCCCUUCCUCGGGAGCGCGACCUUCUGCGGUCUUCGCGUCGCAGCAAUCUAACUUCCUGGUGACAUCGCAGCUGCUUCGCGCAUUUUCUGGUGCUUUGCCGGGUACAUUGCCCAAGGGCUUGGCAAAGAUGAAGCGUCUUUCAGAGCCCAGUUGGCAGCCUUCUCGGGAGGAGGAAUCCGAGGAGGAGUCCACGGUUAUGGUAUAA